AUGAAGAGAAGAAGCAAAGAGAGCAACUACAAUAUCUCAUCACAACGUCGUCGAUACCGUGAAAUCUCCACUAGGGAAAAGUCCCGUUAUAUUGAUAUCCCUCUCGAUAUAACGGUGGAGAUACUCAAGAAACUCCCUGCGAAGUCUCUCGUGAGGUUCCAAUGCGUCUCGAAACAAUGGUCAACCAUUAUCGGAUCCCGUAGAGACUUCAUUGAUUCGAUCGUGGCCCGUUCGAUGACUCAUCCGCAGCAGUGGUGGGAUGUCCUUCUCAUCUUCCACUACCAAUCAGACAAAUCUUCUUUUUUCAUCUUCACUCAUCCUCUAAACACUAACCAAGAAUUAGUAUCAAUCCCUGGAUUAACGGUCGACUGUUAUGGCUACAUUCGUGAUGAUUUAUUCAAUCACGUUUUCGUCUUUGGGUACGAUCCUGUCAAGAAUAAAUACAAAGUAAUGUGCUUGAUGAUUACUAAAUCGGAGGAGUUUGAGAAUGCUUGUUUUGUUUUCACAUUGAGAGAUCCCAAGAAGCAAUGGAGGAACGUCAAAUGCGGUAUCCAACAUCACUAUCCGUGGCUACCCGCAGUUUGCAUCAACGGGGCUAUCUAUUACCGAGCCACUGAAGAUCAUGGUUCUACAUUUUUCUUGGUGAGUUUUGAUGUUAGGUCCGAGAAAUUUGAUCAUGUGAAUGCUCCGAAAGAGCUGAUUGAUAGCAAGGAUUCGACUCUGAUAAAUUACCAAGGAAAGCUAGGAUUCGUAAGUUAUGAGAGGAGCGUGGGAAUAUGGGUUAUGGAGGAUCAUAAUAAACAAGGAUGGUCCAAGGUUGUAGAUAGCUCCAUUGGAAGUGGUGAGAUUGUUUUCAUCAAUAAGAUGGUUAUCUGUCAUGACACGGUAUAUGUAGUCUUUUUUUUAUCCUAA